UUUGUGUCAGAGGAGAGGAGUCCCCAUGCAGUGCUGUGAUUUGACUAUCCAAACAACCCGCUUCAGAGGCAUCCAUCCUCCAGCAGACUCCCGGGACAGCGGAGAUUAACCUCACAGUCCCCUCGGACUCUGAACAUCUGAGACAUCUUUACAUCUGAAGCAGCAGCCCCCAUAGAGAGGAACAGCUGGAAUACUCUCCUCUCAUUUCAAGAGGAGGAGGAGAAAGAGGAGGCGACUCCAAGAUACAUAGAGAAGAAGCGCAGAGGGGAGUUGUCAUCUGUGUUUUGGGAAACUUUGAAAGAAAGUCAGCGGCUCAACUAUGAGAGGCGUGACUGUCUUCACCCUCAAUUUGACAGUAACAAUCCUCCUGGGUCUCUGCGCCAACGUGAGCUGCCUGGAGGUCACGCCGCAUGACGGCCAGUUUGUCCUUGGCGCCGGAUCCUCUCUCAUGCUCACCUGCUCGGGUUCGGGGGAAACCACCUGGGAGUUCAAAAGGAAUGACGUUCCUUAUUUCCAGGUGGAACAAGGCCUAAAUGGUGUGCAGAGCUACCAAAUUGUAAGCAACGGCACCAAAUCCAGCGCUUUGAGCAUGUGGAAUGUAAGCUGGAAACACACCGGGGUGUAUCAGUGCACUGACCGACAAAAUGGAGAAAGGAAGGAGGUGGAGGUGUUUGUCCCAGACAGUCAGGUUUGGUUUGUGGAGAGCGCUCAUGAUAUGCUGACCAAGACCAGUGAGCAGACCACCAUCCCCUGUGUAGUCACCAACCCCAAGAUCAACGUAUCCCUCUACGAGAAGGAAACUGACCUCCCAGUUAAGGGGCUGUAUGUCCCCAGUGAGGGGUACACUGCAGCGCUGGAAGACAGGACUUACGUGUGUCGCGGCGAGCUGGACGGAGUGGUGAAACAGUCGCAAGCUUUCUUUGUCCUCAGUAUCUUCGUCCCAGAAGCCAUCGAUGCCUACAUCAACGCAUCAAAGACGGUGCUGAAGCAGGGAGAGCCGCUAACAGUCAACUGCACCGCGCACGGGGCCGAGUUGGUCCUUUUUUCUUGGGAGUUCCCCAACCGGGAGGCAGCUGAUGUGGAACCACUAACAGACAUCCUGUCAGCUAUGAACAUGAGGUCCUGCCUCAUCUUCCCUCGUGCCACGCUCGGCCACAGCGGAAACUAUGUGUGCCAUGUCCACGAGAGCGUCCGGGGCCAGACGGACUCCGCCAGUGUCAACAUCACUGUGCUCGAACAAGGCUUUGUGGCAAUUCAGCCGGCUGAGGAUUGUCGCAUUUCGGCUCGGCUGCAGGAGAACGUCGAGCUGAAGGUGGAGGUGGAAGCCUACCCUCCCCCUCAGGUCAGCUGGAGCAAAGACGGAACUGCGAUCAAAGGAGACAAAAUCAUCAUGAACAGACAAGAGCACGAGAUCAGAUAUGUCAGCAUCCUCACUUUGGUGCGGGUGAGGCCGGAGCAGAGGGGCUUCUACACUGCCCGGGUCACCAAUGGUGAUGACACCAAGGAUGUGAGUUUUGACCUGGAAGUCCAAGUUCCCUCUCAGAUUAAAGAUUUGACGGACCACCACCUUCCCGGGAAGAGACACCUUGUGACCUGUGUCGCUGAGGGGGUCCCGACCCCGACCAUCCAAUGGUACAGCUGCGACAGCAUGCUCCAGUGCAACAACAACACUACGAUUUGGCAACGGCUGGUACCAAAAGCAGAGGUGCUGAGCAUCCAGACCAACGUCAGCCACAGCGAGAGCCGUCAAACCAGUCGGGUGUGGAGCCGUCUAACCUUCCACAAGCCGCAGCAGGUCACAGUCCGCUGUGAGACCAGCAACCAGGCGGGGAGAGUGGACCGAAGAGAUGUCAAACUGGUCUCUAGCACCUUCUUCUCGCAGGUGGCCGUGUUGGCGGCGGUCCUCGCCUUAGUGGUGAUCAUCAUCCUAGCCAUCAUCAUCCUCAUCGCAGUGUGGAGGAAGAAACCUCGCUACGAGAUCCGCUGGAAGGUCAUCGAGUCAGUGAGCCAGGAUGGUCACGAGUACAUCUACGUGGACCCCAUCCACUUGCCUUAUGACCUCACCUGGGAGAUGCCCAGAGACAACCUGGUUCUAGGUCGCACUCUCGGAUCGGGAGCUUUCGGCAGGGUGGUCGAAGCGACUGCGUACGGUCUCUCGCAUUCCCAGUCCAGCACAAAAGUGGCUGUCAAAAUGCUGAAAUCGACGGCCAGAAGGAGCGAGACUCAAGCUCUCAUGUCAGAGUUGAAGAUUAUGAGUCACCUGGGUCCUCAUCUCAAUGUCGUCAAUUUACUGGGUGCCUGCACCAAGCAUGGUCCUCUGUACCUGGUGACCGAGUAUUGUCGCUACGGCGACUUGGUAGACUACCUGCACAGGAACAAGUACACCUUCUUGCAGUAUUUUGCCGAGAAGAACCAAGACGAAGGCUGCGUGAUCUCAAGGGGAAGCACGCCGCUCAGUCAAAGGAAAGGCUACGUGUCAUUCGGAAGCGAGAGCGACGGAGGGUACAUGGACAUGAGCAAAGAUGAGCCCUGUGUCUACGUUCCCAUGCUAGAGCAGAUGGACUCCAUCAAGUACGCCGACAUCCAGCCAUCGCCAUACGAGUCCACAUACCAACAGGACCUGUACCAGGAACAAGCUGGCAGUAGACUGGACCUGGUCAUCAGUGACUCAUCCACACUCACCUACGAUGACCUGCUGGGUUUCAGCUACCAAGUGGCCAAGGGCAUGGAGUUCCUGGCUUCCAAGAAUUGCGUUCAUCGUGACCUCGCCGCCCGGAACGUGUUGAUCUGUGAGGGAAAACUGGUGAAGAUCUGUGACUUUGGACUGGCCAGAGACAUCAUGCAUGACUCCAACUACAUCUCGAAAGGCAGCACCUUCCUGCCCCUCAAGUGGAUGGCACCGGAAAGUAUUUUCCACAAUCUGUACACAACCUUGAGCGAUGUGUGGUCCUAUGGUAUUCUUCUCUGGGAGAUUUUCACACUGGGAGGAACCCCCUACCCCGACCUUCCCAUGAAUGAGAUGUUUUACAGCGCCCUAAAGCGAGGGUACAGAAUGACCAAACCCACUCACGCCUCAGAUGGAGUGUAUGAGAUCAUGAAGAAGUGCUGGGACGAGAAGUUUGAGAAGAGACCCGAGUUCUCCUUCCUUGUUCACAGUAUGGGGAACAUGCUGACUGAAAGCUAUAAAAAGAGAUACAGCCAAGUCAAUGACAACUUCCUGAAGAGUGACCACCCGGCCGUGGCCCGCACAAAGCCACGCCUCUCCCCCCCUUUCUCGACAUUCAGCUCCCCCUCUGUCGUCGCCCUCCCCUUCCCUCUGCAACCUCGCGGUCAGGGCUCAAGCCAGGCUCAGUCGCAAGACGUUGUCCCUUCGUACAACGACUACAUCAUACCCAUCCCGGACCCCAAGCCUGAAGACGCCUUCACUGAAAUGGAGUCAGAAAGUCCUGCAAGCUCCGUGGCCCCGGAAGAGGAGACGGACUCCGUUUCUCAGGACACAGCCGAGACCCUUCCGGAGGAGGAGCGGCUGGAAGGGACCGGCGAGAGAGACGCGCUGCUGGGUUGCACGGGGACACCCGAGGUAGAGGACAGCUUUCUGUAGUCACGUUAUGGAAUGCUGGGAAAAGAAGAAGAAGAAGAAUGAAAAAAAAAAUUUACUGGGGGAUUUUUUCGUCCCCCUUCCUAUCACUACACAGCCCAUAAAAAAGGGAACUAAAAAGGAGCUUUGUAGAUCCAUCAAACACACAAGGCGCUUCAUUCAUGCGUGUGUGUAUGUGUGUGUGUGUGUGUGUGUGUAUAUAUAUAUAUAUAUAUAU